AUGCUAGAACUGGAAAGACUUCGUGCCCACGCCAGUCUUCGAACUCCGGAGGUGUUAGUCUUCGCUCAGAUGGCUAUUGGAGACUUACCAAAAGACGACUUUGACGUAGGAAUGUUUAUUGAAAUAUGUGAAGAUAAUGUGCUGAUCGGCGUGGACAUCGCCGAAGGUGCUGUCACGUUAGCCUCCCCUCACUGUCAGUUAUUACAAGCUGCCAAUUAUAACAGAGAAGAUCAGAUUCGACUGUACAGCGAGUUCAUACUUAUGGUGUAUCCAGCUUUGUACAUGAGUCCAAAUAUUUUUACACAGUUUAUGCAAGACCUUGGAUGGCAAAAGACACAAUGUUCUAGUCUUUUUAGAGCAGCAGAUGUUUCUCGUAGAGGUGGCUUAUCUUUCUUAGACUCGAUGUUGUGGUGUGCGGCACUGGAACCGAUGACCCAACACCUAGGGUCACCAGCUGAGCUUCGCUGCCGAUAUAUAUUCAGGCAGUUAGGUCUUCAACCAAGCUCUCAAGUACCGAUUGCUGAUUUCGUCCGCGCUGUCGCCGAGUUGUACAUUCGUGGUACAAGUUCUCUACUCCGCUCACCGAAGAGUAUUGCUGGUUAUCUCUUAGAUUUACAUGAACGUGACCGCGAGAUGAACGCAGCGACCACUUCAAAAUUAAUUAAUUACCAAGUUCCAAGUAUACCAGAUGUUCAAGAUCCACCUCAUGGAGUGGAAAGCUCUGUAGCAUCUGGGCCGCAGCGUCGUCGUGACUUUUCCAUCGCGACCUGUGUUUUGAGGUUGCAAAAGAAACAGCCUCCAGAAAUUCUUUCUUUGACGAGUUUUGAUGAAGAUGCAGUGAGCAGUUCAACGACUCGUCUCCUGUCAGCUGCCGUUACUUCGAUGGAACUCCUAGGUCCUGCUGCAUUGCCCGUGGAAGCUUUCGCUUUGAUAAAUUACUUCGCCCUGCAUAUCGAAAAUCCAGCCCCGCGACGCACAUCCGGUGGAGGUUCCGUGGCGGUUAACAAGCAAGCAUGGGCAUGGCUCGCGCCAAACGAAGAAGCAGCAUUCGGCACAACACUACUAAGAAUGGCAGAGGCUAUACGACCGAUCUGUGCUUUUGAACCGAGGCUACUGAAACUUCGAUCACCUGUAUAUGUUAUUGGUAUAGAGUUUAAAACCAUAUCACAAUACCAGAGUUUAAGAGGUCAAGGGGCAGCUAGUGAUUUACACGGUAACCUUUCCGCGCUGUUAGCUAUGGAGUCUUCCUUAUGGCCACUCGGACCUUCAAUGGUUCCAGCAAAACUGCUCUUCUUAGGCGAUUACGUAGACCGAGGUGCUUACGGCGCUGAGUUACUGGCCUAUCUAUUUGCCGCUAAACUGCAACGACCAAAUGGAGUGUAUCUCGUUAGAGGCAACCACGAAGCGAGAGAUAUACAAAAAAUGUUCAGUUUUCAUGCGGAGUGCCUAGCAAAAUAUGGUGAAAACGAAGGUGGCAGGAUAUGGAACGCCAUCAAUCAAGUGUUUGACGCGCUGCCACUAGCGGCUGUAGUUGAUGACAAGGUGUUUUGUUGCCAUGGUGGCAUUCCACCACCGUGGGUGUGUCCUUUAAUGUCUGCGAUAGACAAAGUACCAGUGCCACUACCAAGACCAGCAGAACAGAGUUCCAUUGCCUGGGAGUUAAUGUGGAAUGACCCAAUUAGAAAGAACAAAAUAACUGCUUCACUGGCUUUGGAACUGGCGGCAAAUGAAGGAUUCGCGGUCAACACCAAGCGCGGUACUGGGCAUGUGUUCGAGCAGGCUGCUUUAGAGCGAUUCCUGCUCGCCAACCAGCUCUCGCAUGUUGUUCGAGCACACGAGCUACAGCAAAACGGUUUCAUGGUCCAAUUCAACGGACGUCUAGUGUCUGUCUUCUCAUCGUCUCAUUACUGUGGAGGCACUAACGACUCUGGUGUCGCGUUACUUGAAGAUGGCAAACUCAGACUUAUACGGGUUACUGUUGACUUAUAA